AUGACUGAACCAUUUGUAGAGAAGACGCAAAAGGAACUGGGUGCUAUUAUCACUGUGCCCAAAUUGACUGAUAAGCUUCUAUCGCGACCGCCAUUUCGCUUUCUCCAUGAUAUUGUGAUAAGUUUUAUAAAGACAACAUCAUUUCCAGAGGGACUUUUCCCUGAGGAAAUGCUUGACAGCGCCAACGUUGCCGAUAAGGAAAAGAAAAUAGCGUUCCUCUCGCUUCUUAUUUCUGCUGUUGAGGCUGCAACAGGACAAAAGGUCUCGGCGCAGCCGUCGAAGAUUGUAGCUGGUCAAGAGACCGAUAAAACAAAUGAGUUGCUACAACUCCUCGCUUCUUGCGCUGCACUUUCGGCAGAUAAAAAGGCUGCUGCUGUUAAGAUGGUGAAGGGAGGUUCUCCUGCUCCUUCUGCUACUGCUCCUGCUCCUACUGCUACUGCUCCUGCUCCUGCUCCCACUAAAGAACGUGGUAGCAAUAACGCUGAGCCUUCCGCGACAACCGCGACGGAACAGAAAUCAGAGGGAAGCAAAGAUGACAAGGAUCGUAAGGAGGAAGAGAGACGAAAACGAAAAGAGGAGGAGAAACGUGAAGCAGAAGAAAAAAAGAAGCGCAAGAAAGAAGCGGAGGCAGCAGCAGCAGCAGCAGAGAAGCAGCAACAACAACAACAAGAGGGUGAGAAGCUUGCCGCUAAUCAGCGUGACAGUGGAGAGAAAAGCAAGUCAAAGAGUGAUGAAACAUCUUCUUUACGAGCAGAUGAUGCGAGGAAGGAUGAUGAUGAGAGUAGGAAGAAACGAAAGGAGGCAGAGGAUAAGAGUCCAAAGGCGGAUACCGAGGAACGCCGCAAACGGCAUGAAGAGAAGCGAAGACGUGAAAAGGAGUUAGCCGCCUCGACAGGAGGUUCAACAGGGAAAGAGGAAGCUGUACCACUUGAUGAGAGCAGCGGUCUACUCUCACGAGCUGCGCGUACAGAGCCGCGUCAAUCUGCUUCGGCAGGAAAAGCCCCACCCCGCACGAAGCCGACACACGAGGUGGUUGAGGGUGGAGCGGCGAGUCCCACUGUAGUGGCUGGAGUAAUUCGUGAGAGCAAGCGCCCUGUUGGCAAGUCGCCUGCAUCUCCGUCGGGAAUCGAUGAGAAUAACGCGGAUGACUGGAUGCGUGUGGCGGAGCAGCAGGAGGCGAAGCCGGUGAGCUCCACGGCUGGCGGAGACGCGGCGGCGAUGGAGGGCGAGGCGAGGGGUUAUUUGGGGCAGCAGGCGCUGAAGGCGAAGCGGGAACAGGAGGAGGCCGCUCGCCAGGCGAAGGAGGCGAGUGCGCGGACCCCCGGCGCGGCUGGCGGGACGGGGAUUGUGAUUCAGAGCACGCGGGGAGGUCGCAGCGGGGCGGUGAUGGCAGAGGGCGAACUCAGCAAACUGCGGGAGCAGCUCCAGCUCUUGACAAAGGCAUCCAACCCACUCGGUAAACUACUUGAAGCUAUCUAUGAUGAUAUCGACACCAUGGCAAGGGAACUCGAGAUGUGGCGCUCCGAAGCGCGAAGUCAGGCACUAGCAGCAGCUGACGCCAGACGACAGACAACAGAGAGUCUGCAGGAAGUACAUGCACAGCUGCAAAACUUAGAGGAUGCCAUAAACGAUCAGAUUCUAAAGACACAUAAUAUACGUCGCAAUGUAAUCAACAAUGAUAACGCUAUCGCUGGAAUGGUCCGUAUGAUUGUAAAUCCUGAUAUGGGGAAGCGUUGA